UUUAUCCCCCUGUGAUUCUUUUCCAUACCAAUUAUCUUCCUCAUCCCCAACCUUCGUUGACCCCAAUAACACCCUGGUAAACCUUCAUCUUUUUUCGUGCUAAGAUUUCUUUUUCUUUUUCAAUUCCGAAACAAUUCUCUGAUCUCGGUCUCCGGCUUCGUUAGUUAACCCCGCUGCACAAACAGAGUAUCAUUGAGAAACCUCCAGAUUUCAAAAUGGAUGCAGCAGCUGGCCAGGGUUAUUGUGGUGGUGCAGACCUGGACAUGUUUCUAACGAAUUAUAAAUUGGGAAAAACUUUUGGCAUUGGAUCCAUGGACAAGGUGAAAAUUGCAGAACAUGUAUUGACUGGCCAGAAGGUUGCCAUCAAGAUCCUUAACCGUCGCAAGAUAAAGAACAUGGAAAUGGAAGAAAAAGUGAAAAGAGAAAUCAAAAUUUUAAGAUUGCUCGUGCAUCCUCACAUUAUACAACUUUAUGAGAUCAUAGAGACCCCGAUUGACAUCUAUAUUGUUAUGGAGUAUGCAAAAUCAGGAGAGCUCUUUGAUUACAUAGUAGAAAAAGGUAGGUUACAAGAAGAUGAAGCUCGUAAUAUUUUUCAGCAGAUAAUCUCUGGUGUGGAGUAUUGUCACAGCAACAUGGUGGUUCAUAGAGAUUUGAGGCCUGAGAAAGUACUCUUGGACUCCAAAUGUAAUGUCAAGAUUGCUGGAUUUGGCUGGAGCAACAUCAUUCGCGAUGGUCACUUUCUUAAGACACGUUGUGGAAGUAGUAACUAUGCAGCUCCUGAGGUUAUCUCUGGGAAAUUAUAUGUUGGACCAAAAGUUGAUGUCUGGAGUUGUGGUGUAAUUUUAUAUUUUCUUCUUUGUGGUUCUUUUCCUUUUGACGAUGAAAACAUCCCAAAUCUCUUCAACAAAAUAAAGGGUGGGAUUUUCACUCUUCCUUGCCAUCUAUCUCCUGGAGCCAGUGAUUUGAUACCAAAGAUGCUCAUGGUUGACCCCGUGAAGAGGAUGACCAUACCUGAGAUCUGUCAACACCCAUGGUUCCAAAGUUGAUCUUUUGCUUUCUGCAGUUAAUUGUUCUAGUGCCAUAUACAAUGUAAUGGUCCUAAGGGAAAGGGAUCAAUUGCACGUAGCAUUUUUUAUAGUGAUUUUAUUCAUAAACUUAAGCGGAAAAGAUUAUACAAGACCUUUUGGUUCGAUUUUUUUUACCUA